AUGGCGCCUCCCAGUGUGCAGUCCACCAACCAGAAGCGAGGAAUGACUACGAGGCAGAUUAUUAGUAAUCGACUUGGAUUCGAAAUCGAGCAGCUCAACGGUCAGCCAUUAAUCGAGCAUAUCGAAAAGCACCGAGAAUAUGUUGGCCGUGAAUCUCAUAGCAUUAUGAAAACUUUAUUCUCACAUGCUCGGUACGCUAUAAUCUCAGGAAGUUUAAUUGCAAGUUCGACAAUUGAUAUCCAAAGUAUGCCGUCAAACGAAUUUCUCAACACCGCUUACAUGAAGAGGACAACAAUGGGUCCCGCAACUGCGCUGUAUGUGUCAAUAGGAAAGGUGUUGCAGCCGUCAAACAGUUUAACUCAUGAUCAAGUAAAUUCCAUUGAGGACGGAUUAGACACUAAAUGGCAAUUGCUUGCCAGCAUGCGUCAAAUGCUCGGGUGUCCGUUCAGAGUAGAUCUAUGGUUGUUUUCCGAAAGACGGAUCGGACAUCUAGAGAUAUAA